GUCAGGCACCAGCUAGCAGCGCUGCUAGAAACAAACUUAAUGAAUGUGUGGCUUACAUGCUUAUCUUUAUUACCUUCAAUGGGCUAAUGGCGUCAUCUUUCAGUCAUCCUGAAACUGAAGAUUCCUUUUCUAUGCAGAGAGAGCGAGCAACAGUAGCCGUUGCAAGUCAUAGCUUUCCAGGUAGUGGUGGUAAUCAGUAGGCAGCCAGCAGCAAAGCAGAGGUAGUGAAUUUGCCUCUCUCCCCACAUACCAUUUCUUGCCUUCUUGCGCCUCAACCCACAUUUUCGCCGUACCCACCACAGUAAAACAACAGUCACACAGAAAAAACUACGGCAAUAGGCAGAGAGAUAGACGGACACAUAGACAGACAGGAUGGAGAAAGGGGCGGAGAUGGAGGGAAUGGCAAUGGCGCCAAGCACUGGGCGUGGUAUGCAGAUGCAGCAGCAGGACAAGAUGAUGAUGCACAUGACUUUCUUCUGGGGGAAGGAUGCUGAAGUAUUGUUUGAUGGGUGGCCGGGAACGAGGCCGGGCAUGUACGCCCUCUCGUUGGUCCUUGUGUUUUUAACUGCUCUCCUUGUAGAGUGGCUGACUGCCUGCCGAUUGGCCCGGCCGGCCGGCGGAGGGGUAGCUGCAGGGCUGCUGCAGACGCUUGCCUACACGCUGAGGAUGGGUUUGGCCUACUUGGUGAUGUUGGCGGUUAUGUCUUUCAAUGUGGGCAUCCUGUUGGUUGCCGUCGCCGGCCACGCCCUGGGAUUCUUGCUAUUUGGGAGCAGAGUUUUUGAAGGGAAGAAGCGAAAUUAUGUAGAAUAUAAAAAUGAGUGCUCAGAAGAACCUUAGAUAUGUAAUUGUAUGUGCCCGGAAGCCAUACCUCUCCUUUGUGUCUCUUUAAUGUUGGUUAUGCUCCCAUCAAAUUUUAGCAAACUAUUUAACUUGCUUCCUUUUAC